AUGUGUGAUCUUACCGUGGUAAUGAAUCCCGACACUUUGGAGAAUCCCGACGUUCUUGAGAAUCCCGGCACUCUGGAGAAUCCCGACACUUUUGAGCAUCCCGACACUUUUGAGAGUCCUGACACUCUGGAGAAUCCCCAUACUCUGGAGAAUCCCGACACUUUUGAAAAUCCCGACACUCUGAAGAAUCCCGACACUUUUGAGAGUUCUGACACUCUGGAGAAUCCCCAUACUCUGGAGAAUCCCGACACUUUUGAAAAUCCCGACACUCUGAAGAAUCCCGACACUUUUGAGAGUUCUGACACUCUGGAGAAUCCCCAUACUCUGGAGAAUCCCGACACUUUUGAAAAUCCCGACACUCUGAAGAAUCCCGACACUUUUGAGAGUUCUGACACUCUUGAGAAUCCCGGCACUCUGGAGAAUCCCGGCACUCUGGAGAAUCCCGACACUUUUGAGGAUCCCGACACUCUGAGGAAUCCCGACACUUUUGAGAGUUCUGACACUCUUGAGAAUCCCGGCACUCUGGAGAAUCCCGACACUUUUGAGGAUCCCGACACUUUUGAGGAUCCCGACACUCUGAGGAAUCCCGACACUUUUGAGAAUCCCGGCACUUUCGAGAAUUCCGAUACUAUCAGAAAUUUCGAAAUUUUCGGGAACUCGUCCCGACCCGACCCGAUAAUUUCGGGUUCUCCCACACCUCUAGCAUCCCAAGCAAGUCCCAAAACGUGA